GCCCAACUUCAAGCGUCUCCCCUAUGACAUUCAGCGACACGUUCUCUCCUUUCUCCUCUCUAAUCGAGAUGUCGCCGCAAUGUCUCUCCAGUCUCGGGCUCUCCACUCCCUGUGCGACAUGAAGACUCGUGAAAAGUACCACCAGGUCCGGAUCUCGCACGCAGACGGGAUCGAUCAUGCAUUUGACAUGCUGAUGGAAAUCCUGAAACGGCCGAGUCUCGGGCAAUAUGUCCGUCAUAUUGAUUGUCGUGCCCAUCCCCUAGCCUAUAAGGACUAUGUCGAAUCCAAAAACAUCCGACAGAUUAAGGACGAGCACAUGCAGUUGCUAGAAAAUGCCACUCGUCGAGCUGGAUUCACAGGUUCACAGGAGGGCCGGAUUAUGAAUAUGCUUCUGCAGGAGACUACCUCGGAUCCUGUUUAUAUUCCCUAUCGUGAUAAACCGGACACGAGUGGAGUAUUUGUCCCACAGGCCCUCGCCGCCCUUCUGAUCUCAGUCUCCCCAAAUCUGGAUUCCAUGACCCUGACACUGCCAUUUUCCGGCUGGUCGGGGCUAUACUGGCCUGAACUUCGGGGUGAUAUAGAGCUCAUCAAGUUCCCUCUCGAGCAGCUUCUGCGCGAGACGAACGCCGAUCCCAACGACAAACCGUGGCUUCAGAAUCUCCGAAAAAUAUACAUCGUCAACGAAGCAAACGGGGUCUGGGAUGAUGAACGGUUCUACCAUCGAAUGGACUUUUUUGGUGCUCUGACACUUUUCGACCGUCUUCCAUCAAUUGAGUCGGUCGGCACAGACCUGCUAGAGUGGGACGAUAAUGGAAAGCAGUCGCUAGAACUUGUGUCAUCGAGUUUCAGCGACAUCUCGAUUAAUCACGCCUCCUUGAGCGGUCUUCAUUUAGCUCAAGUGAUCUGCUCUUGCAAAGCGUUGCGGAAAUUUCAGUUUUCCAUUGGGGGCAGAGCAACCAGGGACGGUGGUUAUCCGGGGUUCAGCGCAAAGACCUUCAUCAAGGCCAUCUUGACGCACAAGGAGACACUGGAGGUCUUGGACAUGGAUAUCGACUCGCAUAUUGUUGGCUUUACGACUGGGGCUGAUGAGGAGUCAUUGGAAUAUGAUUUCGAAAUGUAUGAUAAUCGAGCGGAGGGGGAGGAAGAUAAUGCUAUGCCGCUGCCAGAGGCCAUGUGGACACAGGCUGGGUCGUUGAAUGAUUUCCGCUCCUUAAAGCGACUCAGCAUGGGAGUUGGCUUCCUGCUGUACUUUGCAAAGGGCGUCAUGAGCGUCAAGGGCGUUUCUGGGGAGAAAGUCAUGCUGGUGGAUCGGCUGCCAGAGAAUUUGGAGUAUCUGUGUAUACGGGGGUAUGAGAAGGGGGCGAAUCCGGAGCAUGAUAACCAGAUCGAUGCCUUGAUGGAGCUCGUGCAGAUGGGCUCGUCAAAGUUGAAGCAAGUUGAGGGGGUUGAUCAACUGAUUCCCCAUGGGGAGGAUGUUGAUAAUCCCGAUAACAAUCCUCAUUUGCUGUGGGAUCCGGAGGGCUCCAGGUCGGAGUCUGACUUGGAUGAGUCUGAGACCGAAGACAGCGGCUGAGAACUUGCCCGCUGAACAAUUUUGGGCCAAGCACUUACCUUGUUCAUAUAUGUGCUACCUUGUCAUGAAGAGCCUUCCCUGUAUCUCCGUCUUUUCAAUCGCGUGGUAGGGCUGUUCCACACCCCGCCUUACCAGAACACCCCAUAUACACCAAUCUGGUUAAACCCUACUUUGUGGGGUGUCUAUAGAUGGAGCAAGGGUCGGGCAAAACAACACCGGUCAACCGAAAAGGUAUGAUAGAUCUACCAUACAUCUCAACCAAUGACAAAGGGAAUGGACAAG